AUGGAGGAACUAUUGCAGGAAAACAACCCUGAGCGAAUUCUGUUGGGGCUGGUUACCAGGUCGAUUGGUGAUGUAUUCGUCGCGACAGCCGACCAAGACACAUUUACUCGAGCUAUAUGCGCUUUAGACCCAGACUACUUCAUUCUCCCAUAUCGAAACCUUCAUCGUUAUGUCAAACCUACCCUGGAGAGUGAGCCGCGAUUUCGGAUCGUGAAAUCGCUGGAGGAGCGCAUAUCAACAUUCAUCGGCAUUCUGGACACACUCGUCACUCUUCGGCAAGACAGCGGCCACGAGGUCCCACUCGAGGUCUAUCGACAUCUGUUACGAUGCGCAGCUGCUGGUGGCCAUGGCAACAUGGCGCGGAAUGUGUUUCGUAGGAUCCUACCAGAAAGGAAUUUGGUUCCUGACUUGGAGUGCUACAACUACUUCAUGGAAGCUCUGAAUUGGAAUCAGGCGUACGGCAGAUUUGAAAGAUACCAGCUGAGGGUAACGCCGUAUAGCUUGGACCGUCGCUCCAGUACACAUCGACGCACAGGUUAUACCGGUCACGGUGUCGCAACAUCGAGCAAUCCAGAUAAUGAACAGUCAAUCAGGUUGGAAGUGCUGAGAGUCUUCAACGAGCUUGUCCGGCAGGGUCUCAAAGGUAAUGAAGCCACGUUCUGCAAUUUGAUGGUUGCCAUGGGUCGUGAAGGGGAUAUUGCGAGUGUCAAAAGUGUCUUGAAGUCGGUCUGGAACGUAGACCUUGACGCUCUCGACAAGUACGAUGAAGAGGAGCUGGAAAGCCCGACAUUCUAUGAGGAGGGUUCACCCCUGCGGCCUACCGAGCGGCUUCUAUUCACGGUGGUCCACAUCUUCGGCACGAACAACGAAAUCAGCGUGGCGGGGAUGUUACUAGACUACCUUUCCCGGAAUUACAAUCUUACUAUUCCGGAGGAUCUCUGGACCUAUCUUCUCGAGUGGACGUUCGUUCUUUCGUGUCAACAGCAAGGAUGGAGAGUUCGCAAAGGAUUUGGCAUUGGCCGCGUGUCAUUCCAGGCUGUGGAGUCGUUGUAUGAGGUGUUCCAUAACGAACCAUACAACGUCAAGCCCAAGGUCGUGGACCUGAUCUUCCGAGCAAAGAUGUGGACACGACGACAUAUCUUGGACCGAGCACUCGACGAUAUCCGAGCCAGUAUGCGACUACUGGACGAAGAACGGACGAACCUUUCAGCACUGUACGACGAAAUGCGGAAAUACCUGCAAACUAGGCAUGACGAGAUCUUCAAGGAUGGCGUGGCGUCAGCUGAAUUCCUGAAACUGAAGAGAGAAUUCCUGUCGGCAUCGCUGACCUUGGACUGUCACCUCCAGCUGAUCAUCAUUGCGGUCCGCAACACCUUCAAGGAGAAAGACUGGCCAGCAUCAAGACGGGAGGUUGAGUGGGCAUAUCGUCGGCUGCCUCAGCUGGUCGAAGAAUGGUCCGAUUAUCUACCGGACAUCAUCCCCUAUUAUACGCCGACCGGCCACGUCAAGUUGUUCGGGCAGGAGCAUCGGCGGAGCGCCAUCAUCUCCUCGAACACGGCUCAGACGACCAAGACGGGUUCCAUGCGCACCAUGUUCGACACUUACAGUCCAGCAAGGCUGCGGCAUUCGGCCGAUUACGUCCGGCGCGGACCAAGAGGUCUUGCAGCCUUCGAUGAAGAAGCCGAGGCGGACGAGGAGGAAGCCGCCGACUGGGUGCUGAAGUAUGAGCGGAACGGGCGUGAUGAACGCGUGGGAAAGAGACGGUAUGGACAUCUGAACUAUCCCUCAGCCGACUGGAGGAUGGAAGAGUGGAAGCCUUGGUCCAAACAUGUCGGCCCUUAUCGAUGA